CCACAGAAAAAAUUAACGGUCUUUUCGGAAUAGCAAGUGGAAGCCACCUUGAUGAUUGAUCCUUUCCUUUUCUCUUCCCUCCAUUGCUUCCAUUUUCCGCCAUUUUCACACCUCUGUCUUCCUCUCUCUAUUUCUCUCUCUAUUUUUCUCUCAUCUCUUCCGGCGACUACUUCGGAUCACUUUCUUCCUCUUAUCUCUCUCUCUAUCCUCAAAUUUCUCUUUCUCUCUCUAAAGUUUCUGGUUCUCGUUUCUCUCUCUCCUCAUUCUCCCCCUAACAUUUCUGGCAAUCUCUGCUCGAUUUCGAGAGCUCUUGCUCUUCGCUCGAGCUCUCGAUCGAGCUUUUUCCUUUUGUUUUUCUCAAUCUUCACUGAAAAUGUUUAUUGAGGGAUAAAAUUGACGAAAAACAGAUUGUGUAAUCGGAGAAGAAUAAGAAGAAAGAAAAAAAAAAGAAUGGAGAUGGCAGCUCAAUUGAAGCGUGGAAUAUCUCGGCAAUUCUCAACAGGAUCGUUAAGGAGAUCAGGGAGAUUUAGCUUCAAGAGGCAGUCGUCAAUGGAUCCUCAAAGGAACACGAUGAGGUUUAGCUUUGGGAGGCAAUCAUCGCUUGAUCCGAUACGGCGAAACGAAGUAAUUGAGGAGCCAUUAACGGUGCCGGAGAAUUUGGAUGCGACGAUGCAGUUGUUGUUCUUAGCUUGUAAAGGGGAUGUCAAAGGAGUUGAGGAUUUGUUGGAUGAAGGAACUGAUGUUAAUAGCAUUGAUUUGGAUGGUAGGACUGCUUUGCAUAUUGCUGCUUGUGAGGGUAAUACCGAGGUCGUUAAGUUGUUGUUGAGUCGAAAGGCUAAUAUUGAUGCUCGUGAUCGUUGGGGAAGUACGGCAGCAGCUGAUGCUAAGUACUACGGGAAUAUGGGAGUUUACAAUAUUUUGAAGGCUCGGGGAGCAAAAGCUCCAAAAACUAGGAAAACACCGAUGGCAGUUGCAAAUCCUAAAGAAGUCCCAGAAUACGAACUUAAUCCAUUUGAGCUUCAAGUUCGCAGAUCUGAUGGUAUUGCAAAGGGAGUAUAUCAAAUUGCCAAGUGGAAUGGUACAAAGGUUGCUGUAAAGAUACUUGAUAAGGAGAGCUAUUCUGAUCCAGAAAGCAUAAAUGCUUUUCGAUGUGAGUUGACAUUAUUGGAGAAGGUGCGUCAUCCUAAUAUCAUCCAGUUUGUUGGAGCCGUUACCCAAAAUAUCCCCAUGAUGAUUGUAGUAGAAUUUCAUCCAAAGGGUGAUUUAGGAGGCUAUCUUCAAAAGAAAGGACGUUUAUCCCCAUCUAAAUCAUUAAAAUACGCUCUUGAUAUUGCAAGGGGAAUGAAUUACCUUCAUGAGUGCAAACCUGAUGCAGUUGUUCACUGUAAUCUAAUGCCCAAAAAUAUUUUGCUCGAUAGUGGAGGACAAUUGAAAGUAGCUGGAUUUGGUUUGGUACGAUUGUCAAAAAUAUCAGCAGAUAAAUUAAAACUGGCGGAGCCUGAAGCGUGCACUCGUAAUGCAAGUGUAUAUACAGCACCUGAGCUCUACAGAGAUGAAAUAUUUGACAAGAGUGUGGACGCAUUCUCCUUCGCUGUUAUUCUAUAUGAGAUGGUUGAAGGUGUUCAUCCUUUCCACCCAAAGCCUGCAGAAGAAGCCGUUAAGCUUAUGUGUUUGGAGGGGAAAAGACCACCAUUUAAGAAGUUGAAAAGUUAUCCACCAGAAUUGAAAGAAUUGAUCGAACUAUGUUGGAGUGAAGAUCCUGCUGUUAGACCGAAUUUUGCUGAGAUUAUUAUACGGUUGGACAGUGUGGUUGCCCACGGUAGUAAACAGGGAUGGUGGAAAGACACCUUCAAGCUUCCUUGGUUGUAGCAAGAUGUCGUAAAAGACCUUGAAAUUUGACUUGGAAACAAAAGAACACACUUAUAACUGCGGAUACUCUGUGGAAGACCAGACUAAUCCCGCAAGAACCGUUUCGGGGUUUUUACAUUGUACUUGCCAUGAUAAGUUAUGGUUGAGAGACCUAUUUGAAGGAAGAGAACUGAUCUAUGAUCACAUCACUACCACUUCAGUCUGUCGUUUUUUUGCUCCUUUCCUCUGUAUUUUUCUUUCUGGAAAGGACUGGAACAGCUUCUUUCCAUGUAUACUGUGUGCAAGAAUACAUAUAUAUACCCAUAUCGUUAUACACAUUAAUAAGCAGUAAAAUAUACUCUGAAUCUCAGAAUUCAUUCAAGUAGGACUUCUUAUGGACUAUGGAGUAGCAUCUGUUAGUACAUGUAGUGUUUCUUUAUAUAUAUAUAUACUUCCUCCAUUUUCUUU